ACAUGGCGAUGGCGUUGCUUGAUAGUGUGAAUCGUCUGCUGGCGUCUGGCCACUACCAGCCGUUGCUGUCGGUGAUCAAGGGGUUAAGGAAUGGAGCAGUGUAUGGAGCAAAAGUUAGACUUCCUCACUCCCUAGUGAUGACUCUGCUGUUUAAACGUGGCAGCUUAAAGGACAUGUCUAAGGGGAUAUUUGAGGCUACCUACACUCACUCGCGUAACCUGGCACUGUUUGUGUUUUCGUACAAGGCUUUGACAAGCCUGAUGGCCGUGGCUCAGAAUAAACCAGAACAAUUCCACUCGUUUGCUGCAGCAUUCUGUGCUGGAUACUUCAUAUUUGGGAAGUAUAACAAGGUCAAUGAACAGAUAAACCUGUACCUCUUGUCCCGGAUCUUAUAUGGACUAGCAAAGUUGGCAGUGAAGAAAGGUUUCAUUCCAAAGCCCAAGGGCGAUACCUUUCCUUGGUUUGCCGCCAUUGUUUGGGGAAUCGUCCUUUGGCUGUUUGAGUACGAAAGUGACACGCUACAGCCAUCACUUCGGUCAUCCAUGACCUACCUCUACCAUGACAGUAACAAGUGGCAAAGCUUCAAAAACUUUCUCAUAUACAACAAGUAGACUUAAGUGUUAAUACUACGGUAGCAGAGUACAGUAGCGUACGGUGGCCAUGGGUGAUAUUUUUAUACAAUGAAUAACCCCUGUAGUAUAA